GCCACGCGCCCUCGUGUGAACCCCAGAUCUAGGUCUGGAGUACCCAGCGGCGUGGCUCAUUGGCCAUUUGACCUGUCCAAAUGGCUCGUCUGAUCGUACCAUGGUGAUACUAUAAGUUGACGGUCUUGUCCAGUGCAGCCCUGGAUGAAAGAAACGCUCAGCUCAGACCAGCAGUGGGAAAAGACAAGAUCAUCUCGACAGCUUUACUUUCUUUCUACCCUCCUUUCAACCUUCUCGCGGUCUCUCUCAUCGCAUAAAUCACGGACACCAUGGCUGAGCAGAUCAAGUCCUCCCCUGAGCCCGAAGUGGCCGGCAUCGAGGAUCAGAAGAUGACGGCUAUGCACGUCGACCACCAACUGGAGCACGAUCUGACUGUCAAGUCGGUGUUCAAGCAUCACCCUGCCCUCGUGUGGUGGUGCUUCUUCUGGGCCAUGGCAGGCGUUGGCUGGGGCUUCGACGCUCAGAUCAACGGCGCCGUGCUUUCCGUCGCCUCCUUCCGCCGCGACUAUGGCUACAUGCUCAAUGGCGAGGCUGUCCUGCCCGCUGACUGGCAAGUCGCCUUCAACACGUGCAGCAGCAUUGGUCAGUUCUUUGGCGGCUUCCUCUGCUCCUACGUGGCCGACCGGAUCGGCCGCAAGAACAGCAUGUACAUUGGCGUCCUCAUCGCGACGGGCGGCAUCCUCGGCGAGAUCUUCUCCCGCGCGAACGCUGCCUUUGUCGUGUCCAAGCUGAUCCUCGGCUUUGGGCUGGGGUUCUAUCUGACGCUGGGACCGCUGUGCACAUCCGAGAUCGCGCCCGUCGUGCUCAGGGGCAUGGCAACCGCGGGCGUCAACCUGGGCAUCGCCCUGGGCCAGCUACUCUCCAACGCCGUCAUCAAGGCCUUUGGCGAGCGUGAGGACCGCUGGGCCUAUGCCGGGCCCUUUGCCACCCAGCUCUUCUUCUGCCUCUUCCUGGGCACACUGCUGCCCUUUGCCCCCGAGACACCGUGGUACCUCGCCCGCAACGGCCGACGCGACGAGGCGAUGCGAUCGAUCCGAAAGCUGUACGGGGAAAAGGUGGACGCCGAGGCCAAGCUGAUCACGCUGGAGACGACCAUCAGGGAGGAGAUCUCGUCCUCCUCUGAACAGGGGAGCAUCGUGAAAUGCUUCAAGGGCACCGACCGCGUGCGCACCAUGAUCAGCACCGGCGUCUUCUUCUGCCAGCACUUUGUCGGCAUCGUCUUCGUCCUCGGCUACUCGACGUACUUCUUCCAGCUGGCUGGCCUGCCCACGGCCCGCAGCUUCGACCUGGGCGUCGGCGUCACCGCCUGCGGUGUGGUCGGCAACAUCUGCUCCUGGUUUGUCGUCAACUCGUUUGGUCGACGAAAGAUCUUUGUGUCGGGCAUGGUCAUCCUCACGAGCCUGCUUCUCCUGAUCGGGAUCAUGGACGUCGUGCCCACGAGUGCCGCGCAGUGGGUGCAGGCUGCUCUCACGGUGAUCUGGGCAUUCUGCUACUUUGCCACCAUCGGGGCCAUGGCCUUUGCUAUCCUGGGCGAGGCCAGCAGCACGGCGCUCCGGGCGCCCACCAUGGCCCUCGCGACCGCCACACAGGCCGUCAUGGGCCUGGUCGUGAACCUGGUCGUCCCCUACAUGGUCAACCCGGAUCAGGGCAAUCUGCAGGGCAAGGUUGGGUUUGUGUUUGGUGGCCUGGGGGCCCUGGCUACUGUCUGGGCUUGGUUCUACGUGCCCGAGCUCAAGGGGAGGACAUUUGAUGAGAUUGACACCAUGUUCCAGGCCAGGGUUCCUCCGCGCAAGAUGGGAUCGUACGUUCUACACGGCGUCUAGGGAUCUUUGGGCUCCAAGCGCUACAGUAGUAGGAGGAGCAGGCUGUAUAAGAUAGUUGUAAAUGGUGUG